AUGAAAGAAACGAUCAUGAACCAAGAAAAGCUUGCCAAGCUCCAGGCCCAAGUGCGCAUUGGUGGCAAGGGUACUGCCCGCAGAAAGAAAAAGGUUGUCCACAGAACAGCUACAGCAGAUGACAAGAAACUUCAGUUUUCUUUAAAGAAGCUGGGUGUCAACAAUAUAUCUGGAAUUGAAGAGGUAAAUAUGUUUACCAACCAAGGAGCAGUCAUUCACUUCAAUAACCCUAAAGUUCAGGCAUUCCUGGCUGCUAACACUUUCACUAUCACUGGCCACGCUGAGACAAAGCAGCUGACAGAAAUGCUUCCUAGCAUCUUAAAUCAGCUUGGAGCUGACAGUUUGACUAGCCUGAGGAGAUUGGCAGCUCUACCCAAGCAACCUGUGGAUGGAAAAGCACCACUUGCUACUGGUGGUGAUGAUGAUGAUGAUGAAGUUCCAGAUCUUGUUGAAAACUUUGAUGAAACUUCAAAGAAUGAGGCAAACUGA